UCGUUUUUUUGCGCCAAUUGUUUGUUUACCAGCACUAGUUAAAACGGGAGGAAUUCAAUUUAAGCGAAUACGGAGAUCCAUUUUGUUAUUUUUGGGAAUUCGAACAGUUUUCCCUCUGAAGCGUUGUGUGUUAACGGACAUAUAGCUUUAGCUGGCUUUGUUGGGUUGGCGAAAACACACGGUGAAAGACGACCGAACAAAAGAAACCACGAAAAGAUCUAGCGUUAUCCAUAACAUUUGUAGUUAUAUGCAUAUUAUAUUUAGCUAGCUAGUGUACUAGUUAAGUUACCUAUAAACUGAAAACUAACGUUAGCAACAGCGAUUAAUCAUUUUGAGCGACAGCCUUUGAAGAAUUAAGAAAGGAACAUUCAAAUGGUCGAGGUUUGUAUUUCAUCACCAACGAAAACGAGAUUCCAGCUGGUAGCUACUAGGCUACUUUUGUCGACUGAUAUACACCUGGACAAACAAGAGAUAUUGAUUAGCUAGCUAACGCCAGCUGGAUCACCAAUUUUGGGGACAAUAACUAGCGUUCGCUAGUGAUCUGGUCAACUCGUGCGAUUAUUGGCUAGAUUCGAGCUUGCAAAUACGGACAAAGAGGGGAACAACAAGCCAAUAUUUUUGUGGCUGCAUUUUGAAUACUCAUCAUUCAUCGUAUUUGGGAAGGAAAACAAUAAACAAGGAAUUGACAUGAUGUUUCCACAAUCCAGACAUUCAGCUUCAUCGCAGCAGCUGAAAUUCACAACCUCCGAUUCGUGUGACCGAAUCAAGGACGAGUUCCAGUUCCUCCAAGCACAAUACCACAGUUUGAAGCUGGAGUGUGACAAGCUGGCCAGUGAGAAGUCUGAGAUGCAACGUCAUUAUAUCAUGUACUAUGAGAUGUCCUAUGGGCUGAACAUCGAAAUGCACAAGCAGGCUGAGAUUGUGAAGAGAUUGAACGGGAUCUGUGCCCAAGUCCUCCCCUAUCUGUCCCAGGAGCACCAGCAGCAGGUCCUGGGAGCCAUUGAGAGGGCCAAGCAGGUCACCCCUCCAGAGAUGAACUCCAUCAUCCGGCAGCAGCUCCAGGCUCACCAGCUGUCCCAGCUCCAGGGUCUGGCCCUGCCCAUGACCCCUAUGCCGCUGGGCCUGAGUCAGUCAACCCUGCCGGCCGUCACCUCCUCUUCAGGCCUAUUCUCCCUCUCCUCCAUCCUGGCCUCGCAGGCCCAGCUGGCAAAGGAGGAGAAGGCUUCUCGCGAGGGAGCUGACAGCCACCGUGAGGAGGACGGGGACAAGUCCGACUAGAGCUCCCUCCCGCCCUCCACCGCAUAUUAACUACCGCUGCGUCAGAGGGCUGUGGUCCUGUCUGUCCUGUAUAUCUGCUAUCUAUCCAUGCCAGUCCCUCUCCUCUACCCCAUCGCCCCCUUUAGUCCCCCACUUAGAAUUCUACGGCCUAUCUGAUGCAUUUGCCGUCAUUCCAACUGCUCCAAUUUUUGUACAGUAUAGAUUUUUUUACUAUAAUUUCUUUCAUGUAUAUAUCUUUUUAUUUUGUAUUUUAUUUUUGUGAUUUGAGCUUGACUUGUCUUUUUGCUCAUUUGUUUUCCCCUCAUUCUGCUCCCUUUAUGGCCCAGUGGUAAAUGGAUCUGUGUUUUUACACCACCCUGGCUGAGCGUCUCCUUCCUCUCUCUUUUACCAAGGCCCACCUGGGAGCCUGAAUGUCACAUAGUAUAAGUGGAAUAACAAACCAGAAGAGAUCCAACAGACAGGCUCGCGUCACCCAGAUCUCUAGCCUCUGUUGUGUCAACUUGAUUCAGUUGGUUGAUGUGGGGUAACUCUCACAAUACAGUUUUCAUAAACAGACCUUUAGACAAGCAACAGCAAAAACUGUCUGUGAAUGUCUGAAUCCUAACGUCAAAAUCCUGCAUUGAUAUCAGUGAGAAAAUGUUCUGAAAAUUUGUUGUCCUCACUUUGAUUUUCAGGUUAGGAUUCCUCCCCAGGUUAAGGAGAGUAGUUGAAAGAUGUCUGUCUUCUUGGUGAAG